CUGAGAGUAUGUGGGAUAAUUGAAAGUUUUUUGUGCGGAUAAUUGGCCCGGGUUUUUACGCGCGGCUCUUGCGCACGGAGAGAGAGGUGUGGUUUAAGAGUUCCUCAGCGCGCAUCAGGUGUCCAUCCCUCACUAUAUAUAAUGGAAGCCCGUGUGGACCGAGGAGACAGAAGCAGGACAGGAGCACCGAAGAGGACAACAUCAUCACAGCAACAAGACAGAAACUAUGGCCAGAAUGCUGAGAUCGUGGCUGAUGUUCGCGGCGGUCGUCCUCUGCCUCCUGGUGUGUUGGAGUGGCUUCGCGGACGCCUAUCCCCCCAAACCGGAGAGCCCCGGCACCAACGCCUCACCGGAGGAGUGGGCCAAGUACCACGCUGCUGUCAGGCACUACGUCAACCUCAUCACCAGGCAGAGGUAUGGGAAGAGGUCGUCGUCCCCCGAGCAGGCAGUGGCUUGGCUGUUGCUGGGGSCCGAUUCUAGCCAAGACCCAGAGCCACGCUCUAACAGUGUCGAUCUCUGGUAAACGAACCCAAAAUYAACCUCCCCUUCAUCACCACCAAUCAAAACCUUCACAAGGCCACCUGCACUGGACACAUAUUUAAUUAUUCAAUGUGCAUGCAAAUCUCUUUUUUUUUUCUUAUGUCUGUAUGCCUCUGUCAGUGACUGUAUGUAUUUGUUCUUUCAAUAAAAUUGUACAUAAUUUGUAUCAAAAAAAGAGUCUUUGAAAUAAACAUCUGAGUGAGAAUAAA